GGCGUUCCGAGACGCGUUUCGAGUAGCGUCUCGCUCUUCGGGCCAGAUCGAGGAGAUCCAGGAGGAAAACGCAAAGAGAGAAGACGAGCUACCUCGACGAAGCUAAAAUGGGAAAUGCGGAUAGCGUUCACGACGUGGAGAUGAGCUCUCUCUCCGUGGCAUCGAGCGACGAUCGAUCCCGAAUUAGGAGGACGCCCAUGCGCCCGAUGAUAGCGGAAUACGACCCAAAGAAGCACGGUGUGAAAACAGAACUGUCAGACAUGAUUGUCCUCAAAUACAAGUGCGAGAAAAAUGAGGUACCGAUCACCGUGACCAACGGAUCGACUUUGCCUCUCGUGGAACGUCCCAACGACGAAGAAGCAGCGCUUUAUGAUCCGUUCGAGCAUCGAAAAUUGGCUCAUCCUACCUCGGACUUGGAUACGCUGAUACAUCUGCUUAAGGGAAGUCUCGGUACUGGCAUACUGGCUAUGCCAUUGGCCUUUCGAAAUGCUGGUCUCGUUUUCGGUCUUUUCGCGACUUUCUUCAUCGGCGCCAUUUGCACCUAUUGCGUACAUAUUUUGGUCAAAUGCGCCCACGACCUUUGCAGAAGGACACGGACUCCGAGUUUGGGAUUCGCCGAUGUUGCCGAGGCGGCCUUCCUCGUUGGUCCGGAAGGCGUACAAAAGUACGCUCGGCUGGCCAAGGCCACUAUCAAUUGUUUCCUCGUCAUCGAUCUGAUCGGUUGCUGCUGCGUAUACAUCGUCUUCAUCGCGACGAAUCUCGAAGAGGUGGUAACAUAUUACACGCAAAUGGGCCAGGAUUGGGAAGCGGUCAAUCGUUUGAGACUGUACAUGGCCGCUCUUUUGCCAUUCCUCAUUGUCUUUUCCCUCGUGAGAAAUCUCAAGUACCUGGCUCCGUUUUCCAUGCUCGCCAACGUAUUGAUAGCUACCGGAAUGGGCAUAACUUUCUAUUACAUAUUUACCGAUCUACCGACCAUCAGUGACGUGCCGAACUUUUCCAGCUGGAGUCAACUUCCCCUGUUUUUCGGUACGGCGAUCUUCGCUCUCGAGGGCAUCGGCGUCGUAAUGCCUUUGGAAAACAACAUGAAAACGCCGACCCACUUCAUCGGUUGUCCCGGAGUCUUAAAUACCGGAAUGUUCUGCGUUGUCUUACUUUACAGCACCGUUGGUUUCUUCGGAUAUUGGAAGUACGGCGAGAAAACGGAGGCUUCGAUCACUUUGAACCCGCCACAGGACGAGAUCCUCGCGCAAUCGGCGAAGAUCAUGAUCGCCGUUGCGAUAUUCUUCACUUACGGCUUGCAAUUCUACGUACCGAUGGAAAUCAUUUGGAAAAAUAUCAGGCAGUACUUCGGCUCGAGAAAGAUCGUAGCCGAGUAUUCGCUUCGAAUAUUUUUGGUUGUAUUCACGGUGUCAGUCGCUAUCGCUUUGCCGUCCCUCGGUCCGUUCAUCUCGUUGGUAGGCGCGGUUUGUCUAUCGACUCUCGGCAUGAUGUUCCCGUCGGUCAUCGAACUGGUAACGGUUUGGGAACAAGACAACGGUCUUGGGAAGUACAAGUGGAGACUUUGGAAGAAUAUCGCGAUCAUUUCCUUCGGCGUGCUCGGCUUUUUAACGGGCUCUUACGUCAGUAUCAAGGAGAUCAUCGAGCAAAAGUGAAGAGCCGUUUGGCAAGACGAGGAGCGAUGCGACCCGAACAACAACGAUCUUUCGUUGCGUAUCACGAACGCCCGAUAUGUUUAAUCUCGCUCGCUCGCGAACGCAAUUGCGAUCACCUCGUCCGCUCGCGUUCCCAUUUUCCGGAAGGAGAAUCGCCUGGAAGAAUAAGGCCGCCGUAGAAAGACGUCCGGAAAGGAUCAUCGCGAAGGAAUAAAGAAAACGAUAGCCCCGACAAGUAAUCGCGAGCACGAGUACGAGUUGCUUAUACCUUUCUCUUCGCUAUCGCGAUCCCGAUGACACAUCGAUGAUCGCAUUUGACGACGAGGACGCAAUCAAAUCCCCUUCCGCUUUCACUUUUAUUCCUCCUUCUUUCUUAUUUAGUUGUGCUAGAUAUCAUUCGAGAUCCCGUCGUACAAUACAUGUCGUAUGUUAAUAGUUCAUCCCGUUGCACGUUAUUCGAUUACGACUUCUUCAUUCGGCGACGAUCGUCGCUUCGAGCCACGACGAAAGCGUUCGACGGAAAGACAACGAUCGAUUCGAUUGUGCCAAUCGUAAAGACGACAAUCAACUUCAUCUUCGACCAUAAUUGUAGGACGGUUUUGGAAAUGUUUCCUUGAUUAUAUGUACUUUCUCAUGUAGUCAUUUUCUACGUCUAGUUUUGUCACGAUCGCGCGGAUUAUCCUCGAGACAUCCCUUAUAUCUUCGUGCCGUAGACGUAAAGUUUUGAUUCGUUUGAACGCAUACACCCAUUCGUCGAAUCACGGACGUGAUGCAGAACAAAUGCCAACGUAGAAAAGAAAUUCGCUAAUACACACGUUCUCUCUUUCUUUCUCUCUUUCGACUUUUCUACGUACUCGAAAAGUGGAAAUAAAAGGAGGGACGGUGAAAGAGACGGAAAGAGCGCGAAAUCGAUCGUCGCAUCGUCAUCGACGGAAGCCACUGAUCUGUUCCUAGUGCAUGAUGCACGAAAUCGUACAAAAGAUUAUCGAUUAAUUCUAAGAUGCUAAUCAAGGCGGCCAACACUGCCGUCAAUGUGCGUUUGCUAGUCCGUCAAAAUGGAAGUGACGACCAACGAGUGGAAGACGAGUGAUAUACA